UAAUAUUUCUUAGUCCCGAGGACCGGAUUGAAUCAAGUAAAACCUAUUUCUUUCCACUUCCACUUCUUCCGCGGUUUUGCCAUGGCGUGGACAAAACCCUAAUCAACGAUACCGUGAAAGAAAAGGUAUGUUUGGUACACCUUCCUCGUCGCCGGCGUUUGGCUCUCCAUCGCCGACCCCGGCCUUCGGCACUCCCUCCACGGCACUCACCUUUGGAACCCCCUCUUCCACUCCUGCCUUCGGCACCCCCUCCACUCCAUCAUUCGCGACGCCAUCCUCUACUCCGGCGUUCGGCACUCCAUUUUCCACGCCGGCAUUCAGCACGCCUUUUUCCACUCCGGCGUUCAACACGACGUUUUCGACACCGGCGUUCGGGACCCCAUCGACACCGGCGUUCGGGACCCCAUCGGCACCAGCAUUCGGGACCCCAUCGACACCGGCAUUCGGGACCCCGUCAACGCCGGCGUUCGGUUCCACUCCCUUUUUCCAACAACCCCAACAACUUCAACUCUACAGCAGCAGCAGCAGACAUCCUUCUCCUUUUGGCUUGCAGCACAAUGCGCAGAUCACCACGCAGAUGGCGCCUGUCGCUCCACUCACUCUGUGCCUCGCUGACCGUGACGUCCUGGCGAUCGUAGAUGCCUACAAGGAAGAACCGGCCAAUCCUAAAUAUUCUUUCAGGCAUUUGCUUUUUAGUGUGACUGAUCCGACAGCUAGGGUGAAAGGGUGAAACCUGUUGGUGUUUCCUGUUGGUGUUUCUGAUAUAAAAUGGGCGGAGGCAAUGGGGAAGCUGGAGGGAAUGGGGAGCGUGGAUCGGGAGAGAUUGUGGCCCGAGCUUGUUCAAGGAUUCAAGGGCCUUUCAAAUCGAAUCAAGAUUCAGGAUGAAACUAUUGUUUCGGAUGCAGAAAGGUUGCAGAAGACACAAUCUAAUGUCAAAGAGCUUCAAAGGCAUAUCCAAGCAGAUGUAUUUCCUUGGGUCCAGAGGUUGCAGCAGAAAGAGCAAUGCCUUCAAAGGCGUCUAUUGAGGGUUGUGAGAAUAGUGGAAGCAUUGGAGGGCAGAGGCCUACGAAUGCCUUUGAUGAAAGAUGAACUAGAGCUGGCUGAUAAGUUUGAUUCCAUACUAAGACAGAUUAAGGGACCAGGAGGAGAGCUGUCCAGGAAGGUUCAUAAUCUGCUAUCUAUAACUCGAGUGCAAGCCAAUGGCGGUGGCAUCGGAACUAGCUAUCAUCUCGGUUCUGUCAAAAUUGAUGAACAAAGCCUUGCAGACUUACAAGAGGUGUUACAGCAACAGACAGAGGCAAUUGCGAGGUUGGGAAACGUGUUGAAGAAGGAUACGAGGGACAUGGAAAUCAUUAUGUCAGAGAGCAGUGAUAAGUUAGAAGAUGGUGGGAGGCGAGUUUUGAAUAGCUUUUGAUUUGAUUCUCCCUUUUUUUUGUUUUGAGAAUCUUUGAGUUUUGGUAGCUGGAUUUGCCUUAAAAAUAUGGCAGCUGGAUUUGAGGAGAAAAGAAAAAAGGGGUAAAGGAAUGCAGUAUUUACUGAACUCAUGGAUUCAUGCAUUUAACACCUGUUUUUAUUUUAUUUUUGCA